AUGGCACCAGCGACGACGAAGACGUCCAAACCGGCCGGAAAGGACCUGCGACUGUUCUUCAAGAGCUCCUCGAACGCCUCACGACCAACACCAAAGCCGAAUGGGUCAUCACAGACCUCCAAGUCAGGAUCCCAAAAGUCGACCGUGAUAACCAUUAGCGACGACGACGAGCCACCAAAUAAGGUCCAACCACCCAAGAAGAAGGCAGUCGUUGACAGCGACGAUGAGCCUCUUGACAAGAAACCCGCUGCAAAACCCGCCGCCUCGACCUCGGCGGUGAAGCGAAAGAACGCUGUCCUCCUUUCCAGCGACGAUGAGGAGGAGGAAGCUUCCCCACCUCCAAAGAAGAAAGCCGCCGUCACGUCUUCUAAAUCUUCCAAACCGACUCCCAAGGCGAGCACCAGCAAGUCCACCAAGUCGGUUAAGGGAAAGAACAAGGACGAAGACUACGACAUGAGUGCUUCCUCCGAGAGUGACGACGAUGAAUUCGUGGUAGAGGACGAGGAAGAAGAGAAGAAACCCAAGAAACCUGCAAAGAAAGCAUCGCCGAAGAAGCCACCUCCAAAGGCAUCCACGAGCAAGUCCGAACCAACAAAGUCUGAAACGAAACCAAAAUUCAAUUGGGCUGCCAAAGCAGCGAAGCUGGCUAAGCAACCAGCUGCACCAGGGUCCAAACCUAUCCCUGAUGGUGCACCGGACGCCCUAGCUGGACUCUCAUUCGUGUUCACAGGAGAGCUAACCGCGUUCUCUCGUGACGAGGCGGUUGACUUGGCCAAACGUUUCGGAGGACGCGUUGUCGGUCAACCGUCAAGCAAAACCGACUAUGUCGUCCUCGGCGAGGACGCUGGCCCCAAGAAACUCGAGGCUAUCAAGAAGCACAAGCUCAACACCUUGGACGAGGACGGCUUCCUCAACCUUAUCGCAACACGGAAGGGUCUCGGGAACGGCCAGAUAGACGAGAAGACGAAGAAGAAAUUGGAGAAGGAACAGGCUGACAUCAGGAAGGCGGCCAAGGAGAUGGAAAACCGCGAGAAAAAGGGGGUAGAUCCUUCGACCCAGCUUUGGACAACGCGCUAUGCUCCACAAAACUUGAAGGAGAUCUGUGGAAACAAGGGCCAGGUCGAGAAGCUACAGCAGUGGUUGAAUGACUGGCAAUCCAGUAUGAAGGCAGGCUUCAAGAAACCAGGGAAGAACGGCAUGAAUAUCUACCGCGCCGUUCUCAUCACUGGCUCGCCUGGCAUUGGAAAGACCACCAGCGCCCACCUCUGUGCCAAACUGGCCGGCUACACGCCGAUCGAGCUUAACGCCAGUGAUGCUCGAAGCAAGAAGCUUGUAGAAAACGGCAUGAACAUCAACAACACCUCAUUGGACGGUUUCAUCAAAGGAGCAUCCAAAAACUCUGUUGGUGUGGACAUUACCGACCGGACAUGCUUGAUCAUGGACGAGGUCGACGGCAUGUCUGCAGGUGAUCGCGGUGGUGUCGGCGCUCUCAAUGCCCUCAUCAAGAAGACCAAAGUACCAAUCAUUUGUAUCGCAAACGACAGGAACGCUCAGAAGCUAAAGCCGCUUCAAGGCACGACAUUCAGCCUUCCGUUCCACAAGCCUCAAGUCAACAUGAUUCGCUCCCGUAUCCUGACUAUUGCGUUCAAGGAGAAGCUCAAGAUCCCGCCUAACGUUAUCGACCAACUCAUCGCAGGCGCCCAAUCUGAUAUCCGGCAGGUCCUGAACAUGUUGUCGACAUGGAAGCUGUCAAGCAACACGAUGGACUUUGACGAAGGAAAGGAGCUCGUCAAGCAAAACGAAAAGUAUCAGAUCCUCAGCCCCUUCGACAUUACGUCGAAGGUACUCGGACCAUACCUGUUCUCGGCCACCUCCCGGGAAACUCUGGGCGACAAGAUGGAGUAUUACUUCCAAGACCAUUCUUUCGUUCCCUUGUUCAUCCAAGAGAACUAUCUUAAGACUCAGCCUUCUCGUUUGAAGAACCUCGAUGGACCCGAGCGACACCUGAAGGAGUUGGAGUUGAUGGACAAGGCUGCUUCGAGUAUUUCAGACGCAGACCUUGUGGAUGCUUUGAUUCAUGGGCCUGAACAGCACUGGGGUUUGAUGCCUUUGCAUGCCGUUUGUUCCACUGUGCGACCGGCAUCGUUCCUCUAUGGAGCAGGCGCUCAUUACGGAGGCAACAACCCGAUCUCAUUCCCUCAAUGGCUCGGUCAAAACUCGAAGCGGAUGAAGCUCAUGCGACAACUCGGUGACGUCCAAAUUCGGAUGAGACUCAAGGUCUCGGGUGACAAGAACGAGAUUCGACAAUCGUAUAUCCCUGCGUUGUACCCUCAUAUCGUGAAACCACUCGUGGACGAGGGAGUGAGCGCCGUGGACGAGGUCAUCGGGCGCAUGGACGAGUACUACCUUUCGAGAGAAGAUUGGGAUACCAUUCUCGAACUCGGCGUUGACACACAUAAUAUGGACCUCGUCGCGAAGAAGAUUUCGACUGCGACCAAGUCGGCGUUCACCAGAAAAUACAACGCUACCGAACACCCUAUUCCGUUCCACAAGGCCACCGACUUGGGCAAGGCUCCCAAGAAACUGGCCGGAGGUCCUGCUCCCGACCUGGAAGAGGUCUUUGAGGUCGACGAUGAAAUUCCCGAUGCUUCGGAUUCGGAAGAGGGCAAAGGGGACGACUCGGACGACCUAACCAAGGAUUCUCUGAUCAAGGUACCGAAGAAAAAGAAGGCCCCCGCUGCGAAAGGGAAGACGAAGAAAUAG